AUGGCUUCCCUGCGAGAGGGUUCGCGUCUGGCGCAGGCGGGAGAUCAUACUCAAGAUGACGAGCCCCAGACGAGGCAGGCGCUAGUCAGGAAGGCAAUGGCGGGUUUGCAGCGCUUCAAGCAGAGCUGGAAGUCAGUCAUGCUGCUGAAGGCUGGCGUCGGGUUGGGUCAGGUCUUGGUACUCAUCGUACUCCUCAUUCUCGCGACUUCCCUCCCCUCACCACUCUUUCCAUCGCAGAAGCAGUCUCAGCCGUCCGACGCGUGCUCUCAUCCUGGGCUCUUUCAAGCUUGGAUGGGCGUGCAGAUCGUGCGCCUGACGGUAUGCUGGAGCGUUAGCUGCUGGAUGUUGAUACGGACUGAGCGACGGCGGCGAAGACGGCGAGAAGAGCGCGAGGCGGAGGAAAGGGAAGAAGCACGUCUGGCUGGCCCGGAUUCUGCGCAGGGGCCAACGUCCGUACAGCAGAGUGGUGUCGAAGUCCGACACAACCAGAAUUCCUUCUCCUCUCGCACCGCCCCCUCCCUUGUCCACUCCACGUCGUCCACUUCCACCCUUCUCAACACGCUCGUCUCCGCCCCUUCCACCCCACGGCCCAAUCAGGCAUCCACGUCCCGGCUAGACCUGACGUGCGUACUAGAGCUGGAGAGCAUCACAGAUCAAGACGAGAUCAGUCUGGCCGACGGGACCAAGACGCGAGAUGGGAGUCUGGCGCUCCCUCGGGACUCGGUCGACAUGCUCGCUCCGCCUGCUGCGGUGCAGGCACGGGAGGUGCGAGAACGGCAGAGUAUGCGAAGUCUUCGCCAAGCUAGGGGGAUGCUGAAUGGAGCGUCUGGGGCAGAGUCUGUCGAUGCGCCAGCGAGGGGUCUAUCGGGAUGGCUAGAUAAGCACGCAUUGAACAUCUCCCGCUCACUAGGCGUUAUAUCCACCAUUCUCUUCCUCCUCGGCAACAUCCUCCUCUUCUAUCCACCGCCCUCUAGCUACUCGUGCUACUCAGCCAGCCCAACACUCUGGUGGGGAGUCCUCACCGUGACCGCCGUCGGCUGGGUUCUACUUCUUCAGGUAUUCUUUGUGGUUGUCAUUGUUGGUCUCGGGGGCGCUGUCGUCUUGCACGCCCUGCAGCGUCUUGGCGUCAUGCCCGCUCCAGCCGAACCCGAAGCGCCCCGUGCGGCCCAGCCCGACCCCCUCACCUCCGCAGAGCUGGACCAGCUGAAAAUGGUCUGCUACCUACCCGAAAACUCCCUGAUAUCCGCCACUCGUCUGCCCCUUCCUCCUGUCUACCUCACACCACAUCAGUCGACAUGUGCCAUCUGCCAGGAGAACUUUGAGGAACCACAAGAAGGACGAACGAUCUUGCUCAAGGCGGACAAGUUGCGUCAGCUGGGAUGUUCGCACGUCUACCACAUGGACUGUAUCGAUCAGUGGCUACUAAAGGGAUCGGGCAACUGUCCGUCCUGCAAUGCCCCGGUCCGGCCUUCACUCCCCCCUGUACCGGCCACAGCGCCCAGCACGCCCCGAAUGAGCAGGGGAUGGCGGAGUAAUCAUACGAGUCCUGUGUAA